AGAAUGGUGCUAGAAGGAAACCCUGAAGUGGGGUCUCCCCGAACUUCAGACCUCCGGCAUCCAGGGAGCCAGGGCUCUUGUGUCCUGUCUUCUCCUGGUGAAGAUGCACAGCCAGGCGAGGAGCCCAUCAAGUAUGGCGAACUCAUCGUCCUGGGAUGCUGUGAGGAAGGAGGUGAGGAAACCGAGGCUCAGAGAGGGGAAGUGACUGGUCCAAGGGCACACAGCUGCUACAAUGGGUGUCUGGCAAGUGGGGACAAGGGCCGCCGGAGAAGCCGCCUGGCGCUGAGCCGCCGGCCCCAUGCCAACGGUGUGAAGCCUGACGUCAUGCACCACAUCUCCACACCGCUCAUAUCCAAGGCAAGCAGCUUGUCCCAGCGGACCUGGACAGAGGUCCUGCGCUCCCUUCUCAAGUCCCAGGUCUUCAGCCUUCCAGGCUUCCUGCGGAGACGGGCUCUGCUGCAGCCCCAGCCGGAGGGGGGAGCGCCGCCCCCACAGGCCUCCAGAGACCUGGGCGGCCCUGGGACUGCAGACAGACACCUGAAGGAGGGAGGGGGCGCGCACCCGGGAGGGGUCCAGAGGCCUGCCCGCUGGGUGAGGCCAAGAUCCCAGACUGGUGUCCUGGCCAAAAAGAAGUCUCUGGCCACCCCAUGUCGGUCCACCCCACUGGCCCCACCAAGCAUCCUGACCCUCUGA